UCAUGGGGUCUCCCUGCCCAUUGGGUGCUGUUUGUACACCCCACCCUGAAUUUUAUUCACAUGGAGCCCAGUCCAGGUCUCUGGAGGGGUGGCUCACCUGUGUCCCUGGGCUUUUGAAGUCGUCAUCUCAAAGGGAACUGAGGAGCCCAUUUUUCUGUCCUGCCGCUGUCCCCUUUCUCCCCUUCUGUUCCCUCCUCUGUCCCUAUCUCCCCGUGUCUCCCUAUCCCCCUCCCCCCUCCCGUUUCUUCACCGCGUCUCCUCUCCAGCCUGCUUGGGCUGCGGCCCAGCUGCCCUGCCUGGCCAUCCUCCCUGGCUCCCCCUCUGCGGCUCUGGGCUGGCCCCACCCCCUGCCCCCCCUCAGCCAGGCCUCUGAUCCGCCUGUGGACACAGGUCGGGCGCCCAGCACAAGGCCCCUGGGGCCCAGGACAUACUGCUGCCCCUCAGCACCCACGGGGGCCUCCCUGUGGCCCUAGCAGAGGAUCCCCCAGCGGAGGGCAUGGGGGUGGGCUGCCCCACCAGGUACGUGCCUCCAUGCAGAGGUCCUGGGCUGAGACCAUCCCACCUCCCCCCACACCCUCCUUGCUAGGGCCCCUCCACCCCACAUUCCCUGUCUUUGCUGUCCCCCAGGAAGGUCCUGCUUCCCCUUCAGUGACCGAUUCCAGCCCCAGAGCAACCUCUCCCCCACCCCACCCCCGUCAGGCGCCUCCAUCUCUGACCCCAUCUCCAUCUGCCUUCUGCCCCUUCAUCCCUGUCAUCGUGAGCCUCUCUCACCCUGUCUCUGUCCCCAGCUCUGGCUCCCUGUCUUCCCAUUUCCUGAUGCAUCAUCUCCCCAUCCCAGCUGCUACUAGUCUGCCUGUCUCUCCUGUCCCCUCCCACUGUGUCUCUGACCACCCCCUUGUCUCUGUCCUGCUCCCUCUGGGCAUCUGUCCUCUCUCUGCUUCCCUGCCUGUGGGAUCUGUCGUCCCUCUGCCUCCCUCAGCGCCCUUCCUGUCCACUCCAAGCCUCUGUCUUUGUUCAGACUGUGUCCCGACGCCCCCCUGCUCUCCUGCCCUGUCAAUCUCUGCCCCUCAACCUGCUGUUCAGGCCCUGUUGUUGGGGGUGGGGGUGGAUAGCCAGGGUCUCCAGAAGAGUGUGAAAGUGCUUUUUGAGGGGGAAGGGAGGCGGGGGCCCGGGGGUGGAGCUUCUUGGCCUCAGAUUAGACAGUGACUUUGACACCAAGUUGACACACCUUAAGCCCCGUGUCUCCUUUAUAUGGAAACAUUAAGCUGCUCUGGCAGGUCAGGGGGAGGAUGGGGGAGGGCUUCAGGCUCUGGAUCCUUUUCCCUCCUGUCCUGCCUUCCUGCAGGGGGGGUGAAGGAGGGUGCUUGAACCCGUGUCCCACCCACCCUCUGUGAGCUGGGCCCCAUUGGACACAGACAGGGCCCUCUGGAGGUGAAAGCCCCCAUCUAAUUUGUGAAAUGGACAAGGUCACUUCCGCCUCACAGGGCCUAGGUGGGGACUGACGCAGAGCCCUGCGUUGGAAAGGCUCAGGACCCGACCUGGCACCCUACCCUCAGCACUGUGUGGGUCUGGCCAGGUGUCCGAGCCUAUUCCCCACCCUGUGAAGUGGGGCAGUGAUCUUCCCAGCGUCCUGGACAGUCGAAGUGAGGUGAGCAGUGGGGUGUUGUGGAGUCUGUGGGUGGGCUUUGGGCAUCCCCUGAGCUCAGGCAAAGCCCAGGACAUGGUAGGUGCUCAGGAAAUGAAUCCCCCCCCCCCCGAGGUCUGUGGUUUGUCACUUGGGCUUUGGCACCUGAGGACCCUGGGGGGAGUUCAGGGCUUCUACUGUUCAGCUGAGGAGACUGAGACAAAGUUUACUGUGGAAAACAAAGCCCCUUGCAUCUAAGGGUUGUGAUUAGACAUGAGUGAGCAGGUGUGGGAGGACCCAGCCUGGGGCCCACCUCCCCUACCCUGUUGGCCCCUGGUGGGACCAGCACAUAGUGGAGACUUACUGACAGAGGGGGCUACACAUGCAGGGGUCAGGGCCUGGAUUCAAAGCUGUCCCCUUCAGUAUGUAGCCUCAGUUAACCCCUUUUUGGAAGAAUGAGUUCCCAACUCCCAGGAUUGUUGAGGGUAAGAAAAGAGUCAAGAUUGGGGUAUAUCGCAGAUGCUCAACACAGGCCCAGUCCACUCUGACCUAAACCACAACUUUUGUGUCCUCAGAAUGCAGCAUGUCCAGGUGGUUAUAGGCAGCAGGUGCAGAGCUCAGUGACCAGGGUGGGGGACAAGGGAGGUGUGCUGGACCCACUGAUGUUGAAACUGGUAUCAGUCAACAGCCCUCUCCGUUUGAGCACCUCUGGCCUUGUCCAGAAGCCUGUGAGGAUCCCAGAGCCUGGUGCAGGGUGCACACAGUACAUUAGGUGCUUGGUAAAUACCGAUGGACGUGAUAGCCGAAUAUCUAACCCCUAGUCCAGAUGGGCCCUCGAAGUCUCUCCUCCACAGCUGCUGGAUGUGGGGUGAUGAGGUCCCCAUCCAUGCCCCACUCUCCCUCAUCUCUCUCCCAUCCUGUUGAGUCGCUGAGAUUCCACUUCCCAGAUGAGGGAGCUGAGGUGACUUGCCACCACUCCUAAAGUCAGUAAGUGACAGGGCUCAGAUUCACCCUAGAACUGCCCAAUUCAAAAUCCCAGGAUCUUUCCACAAAUGAGGCUCCAGAAAAUGAAGCCAGUGGUUCCAGAACACAUAGUUGGCCAGCAACUAAGACAGGACUGAGUCCUUGAUCUAGAUGACUGGAAGACACUUCCUAACCUCAAAUCCCCCCUUUUACCGUUGAAGAAACUGGUUAGAUUUGCCGAAGAUCUGAGGGUCAGGGCUGAGCUUGGGCCUUUUUUUAAACAGCUUCAUUGAAAUAUGUUAGGAAAGGGGCACCUGGCUGGCUCAGUCGUGGAGCAUGGCACUCUAUCUCUCCAGCUCAUGCAUUCGAACCCCAUGUUGGGUGUAAAGAUUACUUAAAAUUUGAAAAAAAAAAAAAAAACUACAUAAUUCAGAUAAAAUAAAGCUGACACAUUAAAGUGUAUAAUUCACUGUGUUUUUUAGUAUUUUCAUGGAGUUGUGCCACCAUCACCACAGUCAAUUUUAGAAUAUUUGCAUCACCCCAGCAGGAAAACCCAUGUCCUCUGGCUAUCACUCCCCACAUCCUGCAUCUCCCCAGCCCUGGGUACCACUAGUCUCCUUUCUCAAUGUGCAGAUUUCAAUAUAAAUGAAAGUAGGCAAUAUGUGGUCUUUUUUUUUUUUUUAAGAUUUAUUUGAGGGAGAUGGAGGAGCAGAGGAAAAGAAAGUCUUACGCAGAAACUGUGCUCAGCAUAGAGCCUGACUUGGGGCUCCAUCUCACGACCCUGAGAUCAAACCUCAGCCAAAACCAAGAGUCAGAUGCUUAAUCAACUGAGCCACCCAGUGGCUCAAUAUGCCCCAAUAUGUGGUCUUCUGCAUCUGGCUUCACUUACCAUGAUGUUUUCAGGGUUUGUCCAGGUUGUAACAUGUUAGUGCUUCAUUUUUUUUAUUACUAAGUAGUACUUCAUCAUGUGGAUAUACCACAUUUAUUUAUCAGUUGAUGGCUAUUUGGGUUGUUUCCAUCUUUUGGCAAUCUCGACCAAUACUAUUAGGAGCAUUUGUGUACAAGUGUUUGGACAUUUGUUUUAUCCUGAGUAGAUACCUAGACUUGGAAUUGCUGGGUCAUAGGGUAAUUAUGUUUAACCAUUUAAGAAACUGCCAGAUGGUUUUGCAAAACAGCUGCACCACUUUAUAUGCCGCCAGAAGCAUUCAAGGGGGCCAACUUCUCCACAUCCUUGCCAACACUUGUUGUCUUCCCAAGUGGGUGGAAAAUAGUGUCUCGUAGUUUUUAUUUGCAUUUCCCUGAUGGCUAAUGACGUUGAACAUUUUUUUAUGUGUCUCUCAUUGUAUAUUUUUCUUAGAGAAAUGUCUCUUCAGAUUCUUUGCCUGUUUUUUUUUUUAAAGAUUUAUUUGAAACAGCACAGAGGGGAGAGGCAGAGAGUGUUAAGCAGACUCCACGCUGAGUGCAGAGCCUGAUGUAGGGCUUGAUCUCAAGACCCUUGAGACCACAACCUAAGCCAAAACCAAGAGUUGUACAGAGUUGGAUGCUUAACUGGCUGAGCCACCCAGGAGCCUCUCCUUUCCCUAUUUUUAAAUUGUGGUGUCUUUUUGUUAUUACCUUAUUGAGGUCUUUAGAUAUUAUAAACUUCUUACAUAUAUGAUUUGCAUCUAUUUUCUUCCAUUGGUGGGUUGUCUUUUCACUUUCCUGACAGUGUCCUUUGAAGCACAGUUUUUUUUUUGUUUUUUUUUUUACUUUUUAAAGACUUUAUUUUUAAGCAAUCAAUCACUACACCCAACGUGGGGCUGAGACUCAAAUCCCUGAGAUCAAGAGUCCCAUGCUCCACUGACUGAGCCAGUGGGGGGCAUCCCUCAAAAGUUUUUAAUUUUAAUGAAUUUCAGUACAUCCACCAUUUUUCCUUGCGUUGCUUGUGCUUUGUGAGCCUGCUUUGAGCCAUGGAUGGCCUAGAGCCCCAAUUCAUCUCUCCAUAGGGAUUCCGUGCUGACAAAGGGUUACCACUUUGCCGAUUCUGGCUUGUUGACGCCCAAAUCUUAGUUUACUCAGCACCGACCUUGAGCAAGUUAGAAGUUUUGUGCCUCUGUUUUCUCAUCUAUAAAAUGGAGAUAAUAACCUCUACAUUGGUGUUAGGUUCAAAUAUGUUCACAUUCAUGUAAAGUGCUCACAGCAGGGUCUGCCGCUGUAGAGACGUCUGCUCUAACUACCGUGGCCCUUGCCAUAAGGUCAUGGCUAUGACUCUGUCGCUGUUGUUGCUACACCAGCAUCUCCUAUGAUAUCACCAUCCUCGAUGCUGUACUCUUCCGACUUUUAGGGUGGGUAAUAUGCCACCCGCUUGCCAGGUGAGGCCACCAUGGCCCAGCGUGCAUGCCCGGCCGAGGAGCCCACCGUCUCUGGCAUCCCUGACAUUGCCACCCGUUUCUCGUCUCCGCAGGUUUGGGGCGCCCGCCCCCCACUAGGCCAAGUGGAGGGGGUGCCCCCGCCCAAUGGGCCUGGCCAGGGCCCUGCGCCGCCUUAGCGGCGCCCUGGAGCCAGGGGAGGGCCGCGCCGGCGACGAGGAGGAGGCCGGGCCGGGGCUGUGCCGCAACGGGUGGGCGCCGUCGCAGGCCGGGCGGCGCCGCGGGCGCUUCGUCAAGAAGGACGGGCACUGCAACGUGCGCUUCGUGAACCUGGGCGGCCAGGGCGCGCGCUACCUGAGCGACCUGUUCACCACGUGCGUGGACGUGCGCUGGCGCUGGAUGUGCCUGCUCUUCUCCUGCUCCUUCCUCGCCUCCUGGCUGCUCUUCGGCCUGGCCUUCUGGCUCAUCGCCUCGCUGCACGGCGACCUGGCCGCCCCGCCGCCGCCCGCGCCCUGCUUUUCCCACGUGGCCAGCUUCCUGGCCGCCUUCCUCUUCGCGCUCGAGACGCAGACGUCCAUCGGCUACGGCGUGCGCAGCGUCACCGAGGAGUGCCCGGCCGCCGUGGCCGCCGUGGUGCUGCAGUGCAUCGCCGGCUGCGUGCUCGACGCCUUCGUCGUGGGCGCCGUCAUGGCCAAGAUGGCCAAACCCAAGAAGCGCAACGAGACGCUUGUGUUCAGCGAGAACGCCGUCGUGGCGCUGCGCGACCGCCGCCUCUGCCUCAUGUGGCGCGUCGGCAACCUCCGCCGCAGCCACCUGGUCGAGGCCCACGUGCGGGCCCAGCUGCUGCAGCCUCGUGUCACCCCAGAGGGUGAGUAUAUACCACUGGAUCACCAGGAUGUGGACGUGGGCUUUGAUGGUGGCACUGAUCGAAUCUUCCUUGUGUCUCCCAUCACCAUCGUGCAUGAGAUCGACUCUGCCAGUCCUCUGUAUGAACUAGGACGUGCCGAGCUGGCCCGGGCUGACUUUGAGCUGGUGGUCAUUCUUGAGGGCAUGGUUGAGGCCACGGCCAUGACCACACAGUGUCGCUCCUCCUACCUCCCUGGGGAGCUGCUCUGGGGCCAUCGUUUUGAGCCAGUCCUCUUCCAGCGUGGCUCCCAGUACGAGGUUGACUAUCGCCACUUCCACCGCACUUACGAGGUCCCAGGGACACCAGUCUGCAGCGCCAAGGAGUUGGAUGAACAGGCAGAGCGGGCUUCCCACAGCCCCAAGUCUAGUUUCCCCGGCUCUCUGGCUGCAUUUUGUUAUGAGAACGAACUUGCACUGAGCUGCUGCCAGGAAGAAGAUGAGGAAGAGGAGGCCAAGGAGGGGGAGGGAGUGGAGGCAGAAGAUGGGAUUGCCAGCCCCCAAGUACUCACACCAACCCUGGCACUGACCCUGCCCCCAUGAUGCCAGCUGGUGUCUCCCUCUUUGUACCCCCUUCCCAGAGAUAGAGAGAUGGAGAGUUAGGGCCCUCUCCUGGGAUGGGGGCAGGUGUUACCCAAGACCAACAGGCCUGCUGGGUAAACUCUUAGCUGGUGAAAUUCUGCCAUGGAUAGGGGACCCACCACAGACAUGCUGGAUCUUAAUUCCUCUGUGUUCCAUGCUCCCUCUCGAGACCCCUUUAUCAGCCUGAUGCCUGAGUCUCCCCAGAGCUGGGGAAUCCAGGAUUCUGGACCACCCAAGAGACAAGGACUGGUGGUUCUAGAUUCCUCUGUGUGGCUGGGUUGGGUUGUUGAGCAGGGUCAGGAAUCGGUGGUACAUUUCCUCCAGGGGCAGCAACAGACAUUACGUUUGUAGGUCUGGAUUGACCUAAGAUUCAAGGGACUGUUGCUUCUAGACUCAGCUAACCAAGUAGCAAAUUAUUUUUUUUUUCUAGACCACGUAAGGAGGGAGAGUUAUGGAAUGCCCCAGGAAUUCAAGAUCGUCUUUAUUAACCAAUGACAAAGAUUGUUGACUGCAGGUCAAGAAAAGACCUUAUGGUUCCAGAAGGCCCAAGAGUUAAGAUUCUGUGAAUCUAGAUUGACCACAGCGAUAAGCACUCAUGGUUCUAGAACAGGUUUGAGCUAGAAUGUCGACCUACAAAGGAAAGUAAACAAUAAUUUUUCUAGAAUGCACAAAAAAGAGUGUCUGUGGUUCUGGAAGGGCUACAGUGACAGCUUGGGAGUUCUUGAUAUUAGAUAACUCCUGACCACCGGCUGUAGAAAGAACAUCAAACCAAAGAGAUCGUCAAUGCUUCUUUAUAAUCCACGGGUUUGUUUUUUUUUUUUUUUAAGUGCCAUUCUAGAAUGUCCAAAGGAAUCAGGAUUCUGUGGCUCUAGAUUGAUCACAGAGUCAAGGAAGGAGUGGCAAUGCUAGAUGUUUGAGAUUUACUGGUUCCAGUUUGCCCAGUGGAGCUGAGAACCUCGAUGAUUCUUUGUGGUUCUGUAAUGCCAAAAGGAAUCGAGGCUCCAGGGAUCCAGAGUUGUCUAUUAUUAAAACCUGGAAAGUUGAAUCAGCUCCUAGGACUCGGUAGUUCUGGGAGGUGGACUCAGGACUUGAUUGGCAGCAUUUCUGGGCUGAUCUAGAAAGGGAGGGCCCAUGCAAGACCCUGUGGAUACAGGGCUGGUUGUCAGGCAAGAGAGGGAGAGGCCAAAGGUUGAUGAGUCUACAGUGCUCUGGAAACCUAUACCUAGUGAUG